AUGGUGGUGGGCAGGCUUAAUAAACUGGUGAGGAAGGCCUGCUCUGUGGUGGGGCUUGAUUUGGGCAGUCUGGAGACGGUGGCUGAGAGGAGGAGGAUGAUCAAAUUCAAAGCCAACUUAGAAAUCCCCUCUCACUCUAUCCAUGACGAGCUGUGGCAGAUGGGCAGCGCUUUAUACCACCUAGAUGCAGAACCGAGCGCUAUAGGUUUCGAUCUUCUGGAGGAAUUCCGUGUGUCUGAGUCAAGAGGAGUGAAGAGAGUGGAAGGCUCUGAACCGGACGUGGUGGCUUAUCGCAUCAACCCAACCAUCCAUUUGCAGAAGACUAUGAGAGACGUGUAUCCAGAUGGCCUCCCCUCUGACUACUCCAUUAUUGCAACCUUUAAGUUGACCAAAGACAUGGUUAAGAAAUCAUGGAACCUGUGGCAGGUCAGUGCCCCAGAUGGUCAAGAGCAAGUAGGCCUGCGUUUCCAGGGGGAUACCCUUUCGCUGGACUUCUUUUACAUCAGCCCAAGUGGUAGCCAGAUGCUGAGGACCUUUCAUGGCGUGGGGAAGCUUUUCGAUGGCCAGUGGCACAAGUUGGCGCUUAGCGUGAAGGGCAGCCAAGUGAAACUGCUGGUAGAUUGCGAGGAGGUCAGUGUGGAGUCCAUUGACGAGCCAAUGCCAGUCAUCCGCCAAGGUUACACUUCCAUUGUCAAGCGGGCUGCGAGAGACCGCUCUGUCUCAUUGGACCUCCAGCAGAUGGAUGUGUCAUGUGACCCAGAAAAGGCUAUUUCCGAAGGCUGCUGUGAGCUCUCUAGUGUGUGCGGAGGCUAUGCAGAGAUAGGCCUGACAGCCGGAAGAGCAUCUUGCAAAUGCAUGCACGGACAACCAGGAAUCCAGGGACGGCCGGGGACACAGGGGCACAGAGGUCUUCCCGGAAAAGACGGGGAUCAUGGAAGACAAGGAAACUGGGGAAUCAGGGGAAAUACAGGAGACUAUGGCAACGUGGGUGAGCCAGGCCCUAAGGGUGAGAUGGGAAGCAAAGGAGAAAAAGGAAUGAGAGGACUUUGGGGUACAGCGGGAGAGCGAGGACCCAAGGGACUUAAGGGACUAAAAGGUGCAGCAGGCUUCAAGGGUGUCCGUGGAUCCUCUGGAGAUAUUGGAAAGACUGGGCGGCAGGGAGAAGUCGGCGCAAAAGGUGAAAGAGGAUAUGAAGGUAUUGCAGGCUAUCAAGGAGUUAAGGGUGACAAAGGGAGCACCGGUCCGGAUGGAAACCCUGGACCAAGAGGAGAACAAGGAAUUGUUGGUGAUCCAGGAGAGAGGGGGGCUUCUGGACAGAAGGGGCAGCCUGGUGUCACGGGUCCACGUGGUAAAGAUGGCACCAUUGGACAAAAGGGCAUUGUAGGCGAUCCUGGAAUACCAGGAAGAGAUGGAAAUCCUGGAAUAGAGGCCUACCAAGGACCACAAGGUCAUCGUGGAAGACUUGGACAAGGUGGUUCAAAGGGGGAGAAAGGCAGCACGGGAGCACCGGGAGAAAUGGGUCCCCAAGGUCGAACUGGUCCAAGAGGGUACAAAGGCUCUGCAGGGAAACCAGGAAGACCAGGAUUCAUUGGCCCACCAGGACCUAAUGGACAUGUGGGAGUGGCUGGCAGACAAGGAAGCAAGGGUGACACAGGAAUCCCAGGAAUUCAAGGAGUCAAAGGAGCACAGGCAGAAAAAGGUGUCAAAGGCCCAAAAGGCAGGAUUGGUGACAGAGGGCAGUCAGGUCCUCAGGGCGGACGGGGCAAGCGCGGCCCAGUGGGCGCGACCGGACGCUCAGGUCCUGUGGGAAUCAAAGGGGUGCGAGGUGAAGGAGGACCUGAUGGAUUUCAGGGCCCCCCAGGUCUGCCAGGUCCAACGCUGCCUGCUCAACAUGUGAUCGAAGUUUGUAAAAAAGUGGUGCUGGAGCAGAUGUCUACCUUUGCCAACUCAAUCAAGAGGACGUGUGCCGCAGUGUGUCCUCUUUAUGGGGACGUUCCCAUGGGUGCUCCGGGCCCACCGGGACAGAAAGGCCCACCUGGACCUCCUGGUGAUCCUGGAAGAAACGGCGAUGCUGGAGAAGUUGGCCUGCCAGGAUUUUAUGGUGAAGUCGGAGAUUCAGGCCAACAAGGAGGUCCAGGUGACAGAGGAGAACAAGGUGAUAAAGGAGCCAAGGGUCAUGGCCUACCUGGUUACACUGGAGAACAGGGACAAAUGGGUCAACGUGGGCGACCUGGGCGGGUCUUUAACGGACAACCUGGGAAGCCGGGCGAGCGGGGACAAACAGGCCUACCUGGAAUCAGGGGACAUGCAGGUCUCAGAGGGCCCCCAGGUGUCUGUCUCACCUCUGGGUGUGCUCUGCUUACUGCCACAAGUCCAGCACCUCAAGUUGCCCCUCAGGGUGCACCCCCACGCAGGUUGAGGAACCGCCAGUAA